CACAACAUGUCCAUCUUCCAAUCGGCCUUUGACUUCCUCUCGGGGACUCCGGGCUCCUCGAGCGGUCGCGACCACAACGAAUUCGUGGGACAGACUGUGGAGCUGGGAGAGGCCAGACUGAGAGUCAAGAGGGUCAUCGCCGAGGGUGGAUUUGCCUUUGUCUACGAAGCCCACGACCUUGGCAAUGGAAGAGAGUAUGCAUUAAAGAGACUUCUAUCAAAUGAGGAAGAGAAGAACAGAGCAAUUAUUCAAGAAGUUUGCUUUAUGAAAAAGCUUUCCGGACAUCCCAAUAUUGUGCAGUUCAGCUCUGCAGCUUCUAUAGGGAAAGAAGAGUCGGAUACUGGGCAAGCAGAGUACCUCAUACUCACAGAACUCUGUAAAGGACAAUUGGUCGAGUUUUUGAAGCGAGCUGAAGCAAAAGGAUCUCUCGCGUGCGAUACCGUGCUAAAGAUCUUUUAUCAGUCUUGUCGUGCAGUGCAGCACAUGCACAAACAGAAACCGCCCAUCACUCACCGAGAUCUGAAGGUUGAAAACCUCCUGGUCAGUAACCAAGGCACAAUUAAAUUAUGUGACUUUGGUAGUGCUACCAGUAUAGCACACUACCCUGACUAUAGCUGGUCUGCCCAGAAGAGGGCAAUGGUAGAGGAAGAGAUUACAAGAAAUACUACACCAAUGUAUCGUACACCAGAAAUAAUAGAUCUGUAUUCCAACUAUCCCAUCAAUGAAAAACAAGAUAUCUGGGCUUUGGGCUGCAUCCUUUACCUACUGUGUUUCAAACAGCAUCCAUUUGAAGAUGGUGCUAAACUUGCAAUAGUGAAUGGAAAGUACUCUAUUCCUGAGAAUGAUACCAAAUACACAGUUUUUCAUGAUCUCAUUCGAAAUACGAUGAAGAUCAAUCCGGAGGAGAGAUUGACCAUUACAGAGGUGGUCAAUCAACUUCAGGAGAUAGCUGCAGCUAGGAAUAUCAAUCCAAAGUCUCCAGUCACUGAGCUCCUGGAGCACAAUGGAGGGCUCGGCAACAGUGUCCCAGCCCGGACAACGGCAAGUUCACCGCCACCUUGGAGCAAGCCAGGAGGACCACCGAACAACAUGCAUAAUGCAGCUAAUGAAAAUGAUGUAUCGCCCCCUGGCGGGUUCUUCGAUAUCCUUAAAGGUGGCACAGAGCGAUUCCUAACUAACAUCAAAGAUACGUCUUCGAAAAUGAUUCAGUCUGUUGCCAACUACGCUAAAGGGGAUUUGGAUAUUUCAUACGUUACUUCAAGAAUUGCUGUUAUGUCAUUUCCAGCCGAAGGUGUUGAGUCCGCAAUCAAAAACAACAUUGAGGAUGUUAGGUUGUUCUUAGACUCACACCAUCCAGGUCAUUAUGCAGUUUAUAAUCUCUCACAGCGAACCUACAGGUCCUCCAGGUUCCAUAACCGGGUUUCUGAAUGUGGCUGGCCUGCGAGACGUGCUCCAAGUCUACGAAAUCUGUUCAAUAUUUGCAAGAAUAUGCACUUAUGGUUAAAGCAAGAUCAGAAGAAUAUCUGUGUUGUCCACUGUCUUGAUGGGCGGGCAGCAUCUGCUGUGGUGGUUUGUUCUUUCUUGUGCUUUUGCCGUCUCUUCAGCACUGCGGAGGCUGCAGUUUACAUGUUCAGUAUGAAGCGAUCACCUCCUGGCAUCUGGCCUUCUCACAAAAGGUGUGUGGAGUACAUGUGUGACAUGAUGGCAGAAGAACCAAUUAUCCCCCACAACAAACCCAUCGUCAUCAAGUCCAUUGUGAUGACGCCUGUUCCCUUAUUUAACAAACAGCGGAGUGCUUGCCGCCCCUUCUGUGAAGUGUACAUGGGCGACAGUCGGGUGAUGACCACCUCUCAAGAAUAUGAUAAACUGAGGGAAUUUAAGAUUGAAGAUGGUAAGGCAAUAAUUCCACUUGGUUUAAGUGUCCAGGGUGAUGUCCUCAUUGUAAUCUUUCAUGCCAGAUCAACACUUGGAGGGAGACUGCAGGCAAAGAUGACUUCCAUGAAGAUGUUCCAAAUUCAGUUCCAUACAGGAUUCGUGCCCAGAAAUGCUACCUUGGUGAAAUUUGCAAAGUAUGAUCUUGAUGCAUGUGACAUCCAGGAGAAAUACCCAGAUCUCUUCCAGGUAACUCUGGAAGUAGAGGUGGAACCUCGAGACAAAGUCAGCAGUAAGGUGCCGCCCUGGGAAAACUUUGUGACAAAAGGACUCAAUCCUAAGAUCCUCUUCUCUAGUCGUGAAGAACAGCAAGAGAUGCUGUCUAAAUUUGGAAAACCUGAACUGCCCAGACAGCCAGGUUCAACAGCACAAUAUGAUGCAGAAGAAGCCACACCUGAUCCUGGUGCAGAGAGUAUGGAUGCAGCAGACAAGACGUCACUCCAGAGUGAAAACGUUUUUUUCGAAACGUUAGACUGGCAAGAAGAAAGAGAAGCUGAUUCGAGGACGAAUGAGGAACAAUCUCCGAAUGAGGAUGACCACAGUGGGCUGGUGGAUGAAAGUGGGCCAUCGGAGGAUGAAUUUGCUGUAUUUUCUAGUGCGCGCAGUGCGGCAAAGGUUGAUGAGGAGCCAGAAAGCCCAGCUCAGCUCGAGGAAAAGAAUACUGUCAACUUUUUCUUUGAAGCAGAUUUCGGAGCAGCAUCUGAGCAACCGAUAGAAUCCUCUGAAGUAGACAAUGUGGAUUUGCUUGGACUUGACACUGAUGAGCCAUGUGAGGCUGCCCCUCCGACAAUUGAACUGAAGAGCUCGUCCAGCAAUGCUGACUUGCUGAAUGACUUGUUUGCCGGAAGUACAUCAGAAAUGCCACAGGAUCUCUCGACUGACCUUAUUGGAGGGGAGGAAGAUUUCUUCUUUAGUGGAGCACCCCUACCCUCUGUAGAACCAGUUCCAGUGUCUUCUACAGCACACACUUCAGCUGAUCCCUUUGAUCCGUUUGGUACGGCAUCUCCAACAACAGACCCAAGCCAGUCUGAGACUGAUCUGUUUGGAAACUUCCUUGAUCCCAGCACUACAACUUUACCGUCUACAAAUAAUGUCCCUGCUCCAUCCUCCAGCUCCAGUUUCUUUAAUCUAGGUAACGUGCCACCUGAGUCAUCCAAGGUGUCGUCUUCUGCCAGUCAGCCUGACCUGAUGAGUUCCUGGGACACAUGGGCUUCCAACAACAACACAAUGCCGCCACAGAGCAACAAGCCUUCGUUUGGAGCUACAGCCCAAAGUUCUACAUUUCCUUCAAGUGGACCAGCAACCAGUGCUGCCACCAGUACUUCAUCAGCUACACCCAAGCCUCAGAGCUUUGACCCAUUUGCUGAUCUUGGUAACCUUGGUUCCAAUUUACCAGGCUCUAUGAGUGGGGGAUUCCCAGCUGGCGGAUUCACUCAGAAACCUGCCCAAGCACCUUUGAGCAGCGGGUCAUGGCAAGCAGGCAGACCUCUGGCCAGUAACACUGCAAGGCAGCAAUCAAAACCACAGCAGCCCAAACCCAUGGCCCAGGGCAAACCAAAUUACAAUGUUGCUUUCAGUGUGAUAGGAAGUCGCGAGGAGAGAGGAAUCCGUGGACCUGGAUUUGGGCCAAAGCCAAAGGUUUCAAUGAAUGACUUUCAGGACCUGUUGUCUGACCAGGGGUUUUCCAGUACAAUGGACAAGAAAGGACCGAAGACUAUUGCAGAAAUGCGUAGAGAAGAACUGACUAAGGAGAUGGAUCCCUUGAAACUAAAGAUCUUGGAUUGGAUUGAAGGGAAAGAGAGAAAUAUAAGGGCUUUGCUGUCAACUCUGCACACAGUUCUGUGGGAAGGUGAAACCAAAUGGAAACCUGUUGGCAUGGCAGACAUAGUUCAGCCAGAUCAAGUGAAGAAGUCCUAUAGGAAAGCAGUACUGGUGGUUCAUCCAGACAAGGCAACGGGACAGUCCUAUGAACAACAUGCCAAAAUGAUCUUCAUGGAGUUGAAUGAUGCUUGGUCAGAAUUUGAAAACCAGGGGUCGAAGGCCCUCUUCUGAAAUCCUUGGCCGACAGAUACGAUGAUUGGUGCUCGUUCAAGUGUUCCAUUGCGAAUCUGUUUUUCAUCUUCCUGAAUAACAACUGCAAAACAUUCAGCUGUCUUAAAAACACGACACAGCAUAUCUGUAGUUUUAAAAUGAUAGGAGUUUUCCCCCCUCCCCUUGACUGAUGCCUCUUUCUGCAUUGUUAAGACAAUCGUUUUGUGCUGCAGGGUGAUUGAUGCCUGUGCUUUGAUGCCUGUGUUCGGGGCCACAUUUUUACCAUUAAAAUGAGUACAAAAUGUUUUGCUUUUGAAGACUUAAGGUUUGGUAGCUCAUUCUGCAUUGUGACUGUCAAAAACAUAGUACAUGCUUGUGAGAAGUCUUCAGAGAAAGAAUGAAAGGAUAUGAAGACCAUCUGAACAAUGUGCCAGGAGCUGUAGACUUAAAUUUGGGUAAAGAAAGUGACACGGUCGUCUUUUUCAAGUUUAAGAUGAUGCAUUCCUGUCGGUAUGCCGACCUAUCUUGUGUAGCCUAUGUUCUCUGGUGUAUUUUGCCUGUACCUUUAUCAUGCUGCCUUUUGUCCAUUUUAUUUAAUUUUCCCAUGGCCUACUAAAAAGAUUACCGUAGUGCAAAAAUGUUCAUCUUGUUAGCCUUCUCAGACUAUAAUUUAUAUCUUUCUGACUGUAGAAAUUUCUGUCAAAAAAAACUUAUUUCUUAAAUCUUCAUGUUGGUUUCUUUAAUAAUGUAAAUUUUGCUGUUCCUGAGUGUGUGUAUAUUCAUUGUGAAUCGAGAUGUUGAGACAUUUGUGACUUUCUUUUUGCUGCAGAUUUCAGUGACCAGAGAGCAAAAGUAGACCCUAUUCAGGUGGUUGCAGAAUGCCAGUGCAGUGCUAUGUUUUUAGCAUAUUAUCUGUAUCGGUGACCAAGUGAAACCUCGCUCUAAACUUUCAACAAAAAAUACUUUGUAUUAACUUAGUUAAUUCUCAGUUGUCUUUUUUCAAGUACGAUUGUGGGUCACAAUCAAGCACUUCAGUUAAUUGUACACGUGUACUAUUUUCACACAGAUGAAGUUAGAGAGAUCAAGUACCUGAUUGAGACCCACUUCCUUUUGGUCCGUGGACCCUUUUGUUUCUAUCAUUUAGUCAGGAGUUAACUGAACUGAUUUCUGUUUUGAAGGAAGAAUUUAUUUUGAAAAAUGAAUGCAUAAAAUGGGAGAAUACUUUGAAUUGGAUUAAUUCUGCUGUCACACUGCCUUUCAGUGUAAAAACAGGUUUAGGUUAUAAUCCCAAAUCAAUCUGCAGUAUUUUAUACUGUACAGGUGUACAGUUCAGUGGAUUUAAUGUGUGUGUUGACUUGUGUACUGUGAAAAGUAAUUCUGGUUGUUAGUUGAUUGGUGGAUCGCUUUUCCGGGCGUGAUAAUCCCUUCAAUAAAUAAAUAAAUAAUAAUAAUUUGGUCACUCAAUCCAUGACUGUUUGGGGGACACUGCUGCGGCACUUGGCUGCCGCGUUUCGCCCACAAAAUAUACAGUCAAUUCACUUGACAGUGUAUCCUGCGAAGCGCUUUGAGACGUCUUGAAGACGUGGUAAGGUGCUGUAUCAAAUGCAAAGACUUAUUAUUAUAAUGCAAUAAAAAUCAGCAGUGUCAGAUCGCAGCCUUCCCCAGAGAUGCUGCUGAUUUACAAUUAAAUGGAAGUCAAGUUUGUGAAUCUGAAUCAUCAUAGUUUACAUUUCCAAGAAGAUGGAAUUCUAUUGCCGUAAUAUUAUUCGAAGGACAAGAAUUAUUUUCCUGACUUCUAGCUAAUGAAAAAUGAUUUCUCUCUCUUUCACCAAAUCUCUCUCUCUCCAUCUCUCUGUAUAACAGUCCCUGUCUCACUCUUUCUCUAUAUCUCUCUCUCUCUCUCUCUCUCUCUCCCAGUUUCUCUAUAUACAUCUCUGUCUCUCUCCCUCUCAGUCUCGCUCUCUCCCUCUAUCAAACCCAGUUUCCUCUCACUUGCGAGGCGAGUGGUCUCACCACUACGUUACAGGAAUCCACAAAUGACAUGACAAACACGACUAAAUAUUUUGUAAUCCAAAUGUCUGGUAUGUGGUUGUAUAUUGCUUCCUGCUAGCCAUCAGCAUUUUUUAAAACAUCCUUUUCUUCUGUUAACUGUGCUUUUCUGCCUCUGGUGUCAUCCAUCAGUCAAGAGAGUGGAAUCCAAUAGGUCAUAUUUCUGCACAGAUGUUAUCGUUACUGCACCGUUCAUAGGUUAGGUCGUCUGGGUGACUUGUCUUUUUGAGUAUAGUUCCACGCGGUGUUUGUUCAGCAGUCUGGCAACACUGUCCCACAGAGGCUCUGACUUUCAAGCUCUCAUCCUAGAUUUAUCUAGAGGAAAUGAGCUAUAGACAGAGUUGAAAGACAUAUCAAAGCAGAGCUUUGGAUGCUGUAAACACUGAUAAUUUAUACUGUGCUGUUCAGUCCAUUAGAAGAAACGAUGCAUUCCGAGUGAGAAUAUUUUUGUCUUAAAUUGUUACAAGCAGAUCAUUUCCAUGUAACUGCUUGAAAAUUACGAAGAACAAAGAUGAUGACUAUGUGGCUACUGACUUGGUUUCCCAACCGAGCUGUAUUUGUGUGGUUUAUGCAUUCACUGUUGAAUUUGAAGCAAGUACUCUGACCACAUCCUUGGUAUUUAUUUGACAGGCUAGCACUAAAAUGCUUGCUGGGAGAGUACGCGAAGACAGAGGAUCUCAAUUUUUGUGUAUUUGUAUAUGUUGGCGGGUAAUUGUUCAAUGAAGGAUGCAUUCUGUAUUUUUUUCCCCAGGACUUGUAGUUUAAAUAGCGAGCAUUGUAUAGUAGGAACUUUUGUAUCAGUACAUGGGACACUCCUAAAUGAGAGCCAUACCUAUGGCAAGUGAUAAAUGGGGCAUUGUAGUCAUUCAUGGCAAUAGCAGAAGUUCCAAGUGAAAAAUAAGGUAUGUUUGCACUUCUGUUUACUUUAACUUAUGGAAAAUAAUGAUUUGGUAUGCACAAUUAUUUUAAAUCUAAUAUAGGCAUCUUAAUCUGUGUGAUUCUUCUGGGAUAUAUUGAAGGGACUUGGAGAAAAUGGUCUUAUUUUGGCCAACUAUCAGAAAAUGUUAUAAAAAGUUUCUUUUUUUAAUAUGGAAAUAUUGUAAUAUCUGGAUUGUAUAACAACUUAUAUGUAUAUAGAGCAAGCUAUUCAAACCUCAGACAAUGUAAACUGGGAUUGAUGUAAUAAACCCGUUAAGAGACUUCAAAUCAAUCAUGUAAUGCUCUUUCUUGAAAUAAGUGUCUUAUCUGUGAACUGCAUUUAUCGCUAAUAAAAGCAAAACUUGAUUCA